AUGCUGACAUUAAUGCGAAUACAGCCUUGGACUAGUUCUGUUCUCGCACCUGCCCCGUCAGAGGAGCAACCAUCCACUGUUUCACUCCGGCAGAGCCUUCUGCAUGGUUACCGACCCGAUAUCCGACAAAGCGGCGGAGGCCGCGAAGCUAAAGCGGCGUUGAUGCUUGGCCCUCACCAAAAUAUCUGCUACUAUCCAGGCAAACUGCACGGCGGUUACCAGGCAUUUCUCAUGGACCAUAUCUUCGCCGACUGCUGCUCUCCAGCCCUAACAGCCAAUCUAAGCAUCGACUUUAUGCUCCCGAUCCCACCAAAAACAACAUUGCUGCUAAAUGCAUGGCCAGCCAAGAUUGAAGGUCGCAAGAUCUUCAUGGAGGGUUCCAUUAUGAUCACCGAAGAGAUGACUGGCGAGAUGGUAUCAGCUGCCCGAGCCAAGGCUCUUUUUAUCACCCCCAAGUACAAGGCUACUUAG